AUGGAGAUUUUAUACCGUGUGCUGAAGCCAAAUGAAGAUCCGUCAAAUGGAAUAAAGGCUGAUGAUCCCUAUGCAGAUUAUACAGUUAUGCAGCACGUAGGCAAGGGAACAUAUUUGAACACACAGUUUAUUUCGACAUCGAAAACUUCUGAAGCAAUGAAAGUUUUUGCUGAACAUACAAAGCAAUACGCAAAAAAUGAAGGUACGAUAGGAACAAGGAAAAUAGUAGAAGUUGAUGUCAGGAUAUUACGUCAGUAUGUUCCUGAUUGUAUAUAUAUUGAUCUUACAGAUCAAGCUGUUCUCAACAAAUAUAUCCCUAAUCUACCAAAUAAAUUAAACACUAGUGCUAGAAACUUUGCACAUGCGUUUGAGGAAGUAUUGUUACAGCCAGUAAUAAAGCAACCGUCUCAACUCGAUACUACAGGCAAAUGGAUACAGCCAAUCUUACCGGGCAUAAUACCACCACAGUGUAUCAAAGUGAUAGGUUGUGUAUAA